AUGCCUCGUGACCGGCAGCCGAAGGUCCGCUCUGGGAACGAGUCUCGUCCCGCACCCGCCAUGGAGCCGGCGGGACACGGGGCCUGGGCCCACAGCCGUGCCGCGCUCGCCCGGCUGGAGAAGUUGCUACGCUGCUCGCGUUGCAGCAGUAUUCUGAGGGACCCUGUGUGCUUAGGAGGCUGUGAGCACAUCUUCUGUUGUGGUUGUGUAAGUGACUGCAUUGGAACUGAAUGUCCAGUGUGUUCUACCCCAGCCUGGAUACAAGAUGUGAAGAUAAAUAGACAGUUGGACAGCAUGAUCCAACUGUGUAGUAAGCUUCAACAUUUGCUGCAUGACAACGGCCCUUCAGAUUUGAAAGAAGAUACAUGUAGGACAAGCAUAUUCAAUGAUGCAGCAAACAAGAAGAAUUCAAUAAAAAUGUGGUUUAGUCCUCGAAGUAAGAAGGUCAGAUAUGUUGUGAGUAAAGUUUCGGUGGAAACCCAGCCUAAAAUGGUAAAGGAUGAAAAUGCUCUACAGGCUUCAAUGUAUGAAUUUGUUUCUACAAGUCCUCAAGUAGAUGUCUCUAAGAAGGCUAACAAGGCUUCUACAAAAUCUGGGAAAAAGAGAAAAAAGAAAACUUCAGCUGAAAUCAACCAAGAUUGGAAUUCAGAGGCAGAAAAAGAAGACGGUGAACCUGACUCCAAAGAGGCAUCGAAGGAAAAGCCGGUGUCCUUCAGGCAGCCAUCUGUUAUCUCUAGCUCUCAGCUAAACCAUGACAUUGAUUUACUAGGAAGUGACCCUCUAGCAGAAUCUGAGUGUUCUGAAAGCUUAAGUGCAAUGGCUUUACCACUGGCUGAGCAAAUAGUGUCUCCUGAAAUUGAGAGCAGGGAUGGAGUAGGGACUCCUGAGGAGAAUCCCUGUGAAAAUGAUCUUACAUCUCAGGAAUCUUUGCCUUUAGGUUGUGAUGGAAAACAUGGGCGUCACAACAGACUCUCCAGACCCAUUUCUAAGAACUGUCGAAACAGCAUUCAGAGCACCAAUCAAGGUCUUGUCAAGCAAACAGCCUUAGAAGACUCAUUGCUUGAUUGUCCCAUCCCACUUUCAAGCAGACGUAAAGUUGGUGACAUAUUAAGCAGGAAAAACAGUAACAUGUCUGAUGAAUCCAUUAGCCUUUCACCAGGUACGCCAACUUCUUCACUGAAUAGUCCAAGUUACAGACGAAUGAUGUCUAACCCCUCAGCAGUGAAGCUAGCAUCGUCCAGUAGCCGGGUGGCCGUGAAAAGAAACCAUAGAGGAGAGACUUUACUCCAUAUUGCCUCUAUUAAGGGUGAUAUACCCUCUGUUGAAUACCUCUUACAAAAUGGAAGCAACCCAAAUGUUAAAGACCAUGCCGGAUGGACACCAUUGCAUGAGGCCUGUAAUCAUGGGCACCUGAAGGUAGUGGAGUUACUGCUUCAGCACAAAGCCUUGGUGAACAGCACGGGGUAUCAGAAUGACUCACCACUUCAUGAUGCCGUCAAGAAUGGGCACCUGGACAUUGUCAAGCUCUUGCUUUCCUAUGGAGCCUCUCGGAAUGCAGUUAACAUAUUUGGUCGUCGGCCUGUGGAUUAUACAGACAGUGAAAAUAUGAAGUCACUAUUGCUGCUACCAGAGAAGAAUGAAUCAGCAUCAGCUAGCCAUUGCUCGGUUAUGAACUCUGGUCAGCGUAGAGGGGAUAGACCUCUUGUGCUUAUAGGCAGUGGCCUUUCCACAGAACAGCACAGCAUGCUCAGUGAGCUUGCAGCAGUUCUUAAGGCUAAAAAAUGUGCUGAGUUUGACAGUACAGUCACUCAUGUCAUUGUUCCUGGUGACACAGUUCAAAACACCCUGAAAUGUAUGCUUGGGAUUCUCAGUGGAUGCUGGAUACUAAGAUUUGACUGGGUGAAAGCAUGUCUACAAAGAAAACGGUGUGAAGAGGAAGAAAAGUAUGAAAUUCCUGACGGCCCUCAGAAAAGCAGGCUCAACAGAGAACAGCUGUUGCCUAAUCUGUUUGACGGGUGCUACUUCUUCUUUGGGGGACCAUUCAGGCACCAUCCAAAGGACAACCUAGUGAAGCUGGUGACUGCGGCUGGAGGGCAGCUCCUCCGGCGAAAGCCGAAGCCCGACAGUGAUGUGACUCAGACCAUCAAUACUGUUGCCUACCAUGCCAAGCCUGAUUCUGAUCAGCGCUUCUGCACACAGUAUAUCAUCUAUGAGGAUGUUUCCAGUUACCGCCCAGAGAGGGUUCGAAAGGGCAAAGUCUGGAUGGCUCCUUCCAGCUGGUUUAUAGACUGUGUGAUGGCCUUUGAGUUGCUUUCUCUUGACAACUGA